AUGUUUUUACAUUUUCUCAGGUGUUAUCAGUUUUCAAUGGAAGUAUCAGUUAAAAUGUUGAAUCCUGCGUCCACGAACAAUUUCAUGAAAAUAUCGUUGAAUGGCUUCCGCCUAUACAUGUACCUUUUUAUUUGUUCUGGAUACCGUUGCAGUGGGAGAAUUGAGGAGGAGGUGCCUUGUGUUUUGAAUUUGCUACGUUAUCCGUUCGUCGUGAAGAAGUCCGUGCUACAGACGGUCAGUAGUCCACAUUCCUGGCCUCACUGUCUAGGCAUUCUCGAUUGGCUUCGAGAACUGACAUCGGUAAUUCAUUCUUUUAUUCCUAUUAAUUAUAUAUUUAUAUUGUUUCAUGAGACUUUUCCAAUACUCCUGGUCAUUCUCUAA